AGCACAUAACUGAGUCCACGCCUGCCCAGCAGAUAAGUCCCAACUGGUCCCAACACAUAGCCCAGGGGGUUAGAACGCUCCAGGUAAAGCGUCCUUUGGAAUGCCCUACUAAGUGUAUCUCCACAUGUGUUGGUACAAUUCCCCUCCUUUUGCUUCAUGUAUGCUAGUCCAAACCUUUGCUAAAUAAAGUGAUCAAAGCGAUCCUGACUCGGCAGAUUUAUCCAAAAGAACACGGCGUGAUCAAUUGCAGAAGAUGUUAUUGUCAAUAUAUGUUGUGCUGGCGUUUCUACAUUUAGCAACCUCAAGUCCUAAAAUAGUCGGGAAUUGCAAAGAAAAUGGCACUUUAAACUGUCCUGGAAUCGAAAAGGGCUCCUUCAACGCUAUCACAUGGACCAAGCAACCGUCUUUCCGUAUAAUCAGAAGAAGCCGUGGUCAGAUUUGGCCAUAUGAUUUAAAUCGGACUGCUUACCUGACCGAUGAAAACAGCCUUCUUCUCCCUGACCUUACGCCUGAAGACUCAGGAACCUACGAGUGUCUGAUCGGGGCAAACCCCGGGGGUAAGAACUCCAAGCACACGGUGAUCCUGGAGGUUCCAGGCCCAAGUAUUUCACGGCUUGCGGAGAGAAGUGAAGAGUGAGAACCCCCUGCCUUUGAGUUAAUUUAUUUUAAGUUGUAAUAUUAAUUGUAUUCCUUUGUAUACCAUAACAGCUGACUUUGUGUGCAUCCCACCCCUUUAUGCUACAUUAUCCAAUAGUAUUUUUAAAGAAUAAUUUUCUGUACUUGCUAUUGAAGGAUUGAAUCCUCUUUCUGUCAUCCUAAAGAUACCUUGUAAUUAGACACCCCAUAGGGUACGGGCAUUUAACGUCAGAUUAUGGAGUUGCUGAAUUUUGUUCCAUAGUUCAAGUGGAAUAUUUAUGGACAGGACAUGGACAUCUACUGGCAGGGCUUUAAGUUGCAGGUCCUAACCCUAACCGUUCCUUCAAGUAUUUUUUCAAAGUAAAUCAAUACAACUUGAUUGAAUAACUUAUACCACAACAUGUUAAAUGGCCCACAUGAUCAUGAUUGUUCAGUAACCCUCACGUUCCAAGAGUGUUUAUGUUAUUAUAUUCUAAAAAUAAAAAAAAUGAAAUGCAA